CGCAGAUGCGCGUGCGCCGGUCAGUCAGCCGGGUGCGCUGUAUCGCACAUGGGAGAUAUUUCGUCAAAUUUGAGGUGUUUUUAGAUAAAAUCUGUUAGAUGUGUUAUUUUUAUAGUGUUUAAUACAUGGGAUUGUAAGGAUUAACAAAAUGGUAGAACAAGGCUCCUGUAUAGUGUGCUUGUCUCCGGCAAUCCAGAAAUGUUCUGGUUGCCAGAAUGUGCACUACUGCUCCAAAGACCACCAGAAACAGGACUGGAAGCAACACAAGUUCCAGUGUACCCCUGCAAGGGUGAAGGAGAAUGAGAAGUAUGGAAGAUACCUUGAAGCCACCAGGGAUAUUAAGGCUGGAGAUAUCGUGCUGAAAGAGAAGCCUCUUAUAACUGGACCAGCACAGGUGACUCCGCCAGUCUGUCUUGGUUGCUACAAGCUGCUGGAGGAAGGCAAGAUCGUAUCAUGUGAGAAGUGUGGCUGGCCUUUCUGUUCUGCAGACUGCAUUCUCAAAGAAGAGCACGACCCUGAGUGUCAUUAUACGCAACAGAGAGGAGAGAAGGUAAACAUCUCCACAUUUGGGGUUCCUCAUCCGAAUUACCAGUGCAUCACAGUCCUUCGCUGCCUGUACCAGCGUGACCACAACAAAAAGUUGUGGGACAAGAUCCAGGCUCUGCAGUCACAUUGUGAAGACAGGAAGAACACUGACAAGUGGAACAAUGAUAAGAAGAUGGUAGCCGACUUCAUCUGGAAGUUCUUUAAGUUGGAGGGAACCUUCAGCGAGGAGGAGAUCAUGAAAUGCUGCGGUAUUCUGCAGAUCAACGGUCACGAGGUGCCGCUGUUGGAGCCGGAGUACGUUGCGCUGUUCGACCGGAUCUCCAUGGUGGAGCACAACUGCCGCGCCAACUGCAACAAGAGUUUUACUUCGCAGGGAGACAUUAUUCUCUGCGCAGGCGUCAACAUCUCCUCAGGGUCCCACAUCACCGUAUGCUAUACGGACCCCAUGUGGGGUACAGAAGCACGGCGCCAUCACCUCGCUGACUCCAAGUUCUUCGAGUGUACCUGUGAACGCUGUUCUGAUGUCACCGAGCUAGGAACCAUGUACAGCGCUGUCAAGUGCAAGAAGAAAGACUGCAAGGGUUACCUUUUACCAGACACCUUCAUUGUCCCUAUAUUACACAAGACGAAGAACCCCAACCCUGAGACCCGUAACUUGGACAACAAAUUCUGGAAGUGUAACUCCUGCCAGGAUUCAGUGUCUGAUGCCAUCAUACAACAGUUGGUGCAGGAUAUCGGAAGAGAGCUCAGCAUCAUGCCGAAGGGAGAUCCAGAGGCUUGUGAAAGGUUUAUAGCACACUGCAGCGGCUACCUCCAUCCCUCCCACUUCUACAUGAUAGACGUGAGUCUGGCGCUAGCACAGAUGAUAGGUCAGGAGGUGGAGCAGGGUCUGGCGAUGGUGACAGACGACCGCCUCCUCCUCAAAACACAGCUUUGUAAAAAGAUUGGGGAACUACUCGAGACUUUGGCUCCUGCUGAAACUCGUCUCCGUGGCACGUUGCUGUUUGAGCUGCACGCUGCAGUGGCGGAGACAGGUCGCAGGCAGGCGCUUACUGACGGACCUUUGACGUUACUGGGCUAUGUCACCGAAUCCCGUAAGAUCCUGUUAGAAUCAGCCCAGCUUCUGCGUCAUGAGCCUCCCGAGUUGCCAGAAGGUCGUCUGAACCGGCAGGCGAGGAUCAACCUCAUUCAGAUGGACGAGCUGAUCAAGAACCUGUCUGCGGCAUUGCCUUCACCUAUGUUCCAGAAGCUCUGUAUGUUCCUCCGUGGGGGAGUUCCUCCACACGAUUCUCUGGAUCUAGCUGAUAAUGUGGCUGAGGAACAAGGGCGGCGCUCGUUCCCGACUCACUCCUCCAACGAGCUGCAUCGGGGCCGGGGCAGAAAUUGUAUCCGGCUUAACUGUCCGGAUAACAAGGAGGACGACCUUUAUAAAAAAUCUCCUAGGACAUUCAAAUAUCCCAGAAAAGAAGAAAUGUCAAUAGCUCGCUACAUCUGGCUACUUCUGUGUUACGCUCAAUACGCAAGGUCCAACCUUAUGGAUGAAUACAAAGACUUCACCAGCAACUUCUUGUAUCCCAAGGAUGAUAAGACGGAGGAGCUUCCCAUCCAGCUCGGCAAGGACUGGACGUCUGGCUGCAUCUGCAGGGCAACAUACCACCAAAAAGUCGUCGUUUGCUUCGGAAACUAUGAGUGCAUGAAGUUUCCACGAGUAAAAGUACGCAGUGAAGUGUUAAGAGUUAGAACCACAGUGAUAACUGAGAUUUUAAAAGGAGAACUAGACUAUCUGUACUACUUGAAAGUUUUAGAAAUAGAAGCGAAUCAUCAGCUCCGGUACAUCGAGCCUGGAAUAUUCUCAAACUUAACAAAUCUGGAACAACUGUCCAUAUCGUAUAAUACAUUGCUUCAAACAAUCCAAGAGACAACGUUCGAGGGGCUGACGAAUCUCCAUAACUUGACCUUAGUUAACAACGGAUUUGGAUCAGUAUUACAAUUAACACCAUCAUUUAAGCCCAGUAUCCUACCAUCCCUACGAAGACUGGAUCUAUCUGAAAACACUUUAGAAACUAUACCAGAAGAUGCCUUCAAACCUAUGGCGGGUUCUUCAUUAAGGAAACUUGAUCUUAAUUUAUGUAGACUAGAGCAUAUACAUCCCGAUAGUUUUCUGCCACUUAAACAUUUAAAAGACCUCCAUAUUGGAGACAAUGAUCUGAACGCCACGUUAAUAGAAAACUUUUUAGUAACACUGAUUGAAAAUAACAUCAAUUUACUACACUUGGACUUAUCAGGGAUGGGCUUCAGGAAGCAACCGCCCAAGAAGCUGAUGAAUAUCAUCGCAAAUUCCACCAUACAAAGUUUAAUACUAUCGAGAAAUCAGUUCGAGAUAAUCAGCAAAGAAUCUUUUCCAAAAAUGGUCAAUUUACAGCUAAUUGAUUUGAGAAAAGUGUCCUGCAUUUUGGUGGAUCCCAUGGCUUUCACACCUGAAAUGUUCCCAAACUUGCGAUUUCUGCUAUUGAGCGGUAAUAGCCUGCCGGGAAUCCACGGAACUCACUUGUCUAAUCAACUUAUGUUAUUAGAUUUAUCUGAUAACAGAGGACACGCAAACAAUCCAGUUUACUAUGAAAUAGACAGAUACACCUUCACAGAGAGUAAGAAUCUACAAGUUUUAAAUUUAGCAUUUAAUGGAAUUAGAGCUAUAUUUAAUUAUACGUUUACAGGACUAGAGAACUUAAAGAUACUUAGUAUGGAAAAUGGAACUCUAUAUCACAUAGGAGCAGAUAGUUUCAAAGCAACCAAACAUUUAGAAAUACUUAACUUGGCAAACAAUCCUUUGACUGCUAAUCAAAAUUUAACGAGUUCACAAUUCGAUGGCCUCGAUGAAUUAAAAAUUCUUAUUCUAGAAAAUUGUGGCAUCAAACAAUUCAAUGAAGAUGAUAACUUUUUUGAGAUGAUGCCAAAUUUAACUCAUCUUGUGCUUAGAAAUAACCAACUGUAUUACAUAACGGCAGAGAUAUUAAAACCAUUGAAAGUUCUUCAAUUUCUGGAUUUAAGUGAAAAUCUACUGAUGUCAUGGUGGAAACCAAUAUUUUUGUCUUCUGGUGUUAAACCAAACCGGUUGUACUUAACAAACAACAAAAUUUCACACUUCUCACUGAGCAUGAUUCAGGACAUCGGUUACUUGUUGGAAGCAAGCAAAGGGGAUAUCGUGAUAGAUUUAAUGAACAACAUUUUUGUAUGUGACUGCAACUCCAUGUUUACUACAUAUCGUUGGUUACAAGCAAAUGCAACAAAGGCCUUAAAGCAAUAUAUAUUUAGUUCCAAAUUCCAAUGCACUAGUCCUGAUUUGUGGGAAGAUAGGAGAGUGUCAGAAUAUUUAAUUUCAGUAAAAAGUCUGCACUGUUUGAUGUACGAGAAAAUAUCGAAUGUGAUGGUGCUCGUGUGGACAGCGCCAUCGCUGGUCACAAUAUCUCUAGUCUUAUUUAUAAUCGCUAUUGUUUACAAGUUUAGAAUGUAUAUACGCUACUGGAUGUUCAUAGCCAAAGUAGCAUUAGGUAGAAAUCUGAAGAAGAAACAAGUAAAGACCGACGGAGGCAAGACGUAUAAAUAUGAUGCUUUUGUGUCAUACUGUAACGAGGACAGAGAAUUUGUUCACGAAAUGAUAUCACAGUUGGAAUCAAAGCCACCGUUCUUAAAACUCUGUGUAUACGAGAGAGACUUUGAAAUAGGUUCGUUUAUUUCUGAAGCAGUGUUAAACAGUAUUAAUGAGAGUAAGUACGUUAUUUUAAUAAUAAGUAAUAGUUUCGCGAAAUCACAAUGGUGUCGAUGGGAGACACAGCUGGCGGAGUACCAUAGAAUAUUCCUGGAGGAUGGGACGACGUACGAUCCCCUGGUGUUAAUAAGAAUAGGAGAGAUACAGAGCAAGUACCUGACCACAACGUUGAAGUACUUGUUGAAAACGAAAAUCUACCACUCGUGGGACCAAAGGAACGAGGAGGAGUUCUGGAAGAAAUUAAGGGACGUUAUAAUUAAGAAGUGAUUGUG